AGAAGAUUAUUAGAUGUUAUGGAUGUUAACACUCAAAAAAAUUUUGAAAUGACAAUGAAAGAAUGGACAAAAUAUUAUGAAGAUCCAGAAAAAGAUAAAUUAUUAAAUGUCAUUUCUCUAGAAUUUAGUCAUACAAAACUAGAAAAUUACAUUAAACGUCCAAAUAUUGUUCGAGAGUUAGAUUGGGUGGAUUGUGUAUGGCCUAAACAUUUAAAAGAAAGUCAAACAGAAUCAACAAAUGUAUUAGAUGAGAUGAUGUAUCCUAAAGUACAAAAAUAUUGCUUAAUGUCUGUUAAAGGUUGUUAUACUGAUUUUCAUAUUGAUUUUGGUGGUACAUCUGUAUGGUAUCAUAUUUUACGUGGUGCAAAGGUUUUUUGGCUUAUACCACCUACAGAACAAAAUAUGAAAUUAUAUGAGCAGUGGAUAUUAUCUGGAAAACAGGGAGAUAUAUUUUUUGGCGACACUGUUGAACAAUGUGGUCGUGUAUCAUUAAGUGCAGGUGAUACAUUCUUUAUACCUACUGGUUGGAUACAUGCUGUUUAUACACCAAAAGACUCACUAGUGUUUGGUGGUAACUUUUUACAUUCAUUUGGGAUAGAAAAACAAUUAAGAGUAGCUGAAGUAGAGGAAUCCACUAAGGUUAGCUAAUAUUAGAUAAUU